UGGAAAGCUAUUACGUCACAUACAGUACUGAAGGCUAGGUCGACUGACAACAGUGUUGAGGUGUUAAAUGUCACGGUAAAUAAGCCCAUAAACGAUCAAAUACGCGUUUUGUUCAGACGAACAAGAAGAGACUCGCUGCGAUGGUGCGGCCAGUGUGGGCGGUGCUGCGGGGAGUGUACAACAGCCGACAAGGUGCCGCUUGGCUCAAACCUAACGUACCUGUUGUCGCUGGAGUGUUGUCACUUUGGAGUCGUCGCAGGCCCGCAGUAAUACUCGUCCGUCAUAGCACAUUUUCCAGUAAGGUGCAAGGCUUUCACCGUGCUGCCAAGAUGCCUGAGGUAACUACAGAUCACCUGGAUGAGAAGCAGGUGCAGCUACUGUCUGAAAUGUGCAUCCUCAUUGAUGAGAACGACCACAAAGUCGGAGCAGAUACGAAGAAGAACUGUCACCUCAACUCCAACAUAGACAAAGGGAUGUUACACAGAGCCUUCAGUGUCUUCAUUUUCAACAGGGAAGAGAAGCUGCUGUUGCAGCAACGAUCAGACGCCAAAAUCACUUUUCCUGGAUGCUUCACGAACACAUGCUGCAGUCACCCAUUACACACUGACAGUGAGCUGGAGGAGAAGGACGCACUCGGCGUGAGGAGAGCAGCUCAGAGGAGACUCGAGGCUGAACUGGGGAUCCCCAUGGACCAGGUCACACCAGAAGAAAUGACAUAUCUUACAAGAAUCCACUACAAGGCUCAGUCAGAUGGUGUGUGGGGUGAACAUGAGAUAGACUACAUCCUCUUUAUGCAAAAGGACGUGGACUUGAGUCCAGACCCCAAUGAGAUCAAAAGUCACUGCUACGUGAGCAAAGAGGAGUUAAAUGAGAUGUUGGAAAAGGCCAAGCGCAAGGAGCUGGAGAUCACACCCUGGUUCAGCCUCAUCGCAGAGACCUUCCUCUUCCAGUGGUGGGACAACCUGCAGAACCUUAAACAGUUUAUGGAUCAUGACAACAUCCACCGCAUGUGAAAGCAAUCAACCGGCACUCCACGUACCACCGAGAGAGUGUCGCACAAGGAUCGGUUUUCUUCUCAUAACAGUAUCUUGACUUUGGUACCAGUAGGCUGUUGUGCUCCUCAACUGUGUGGGGGGAAAACACUUAUAUAAUAAUGUAUUGUGACUUAGGCCAAGUUAGUCCAAACCCUUUCAUUUGAAUACUUUUCUGACUUUUCUUGCACUACUCCCCCUCUUCUUAUUGACAGACACCACUGAAAACUUGUAAGCACAAAAAAACUUGGGUCAUUACAACAUCAAUUUGUGGAACCAACUUUUUCUUUUACUGUGUCAUUUCCCUGCUGACAUCAGCUGUGACGUUGCACUGUUAGCUAACCGAGCUUCAACAACAUUAGCAUGUAAUUCUGUUAUUUAGUAGAAUGUAAGUCUGCCUUCUUCUUGCCCUCAUUUUGACAGGACAGACCCUUUUGAUCAAAGUAGAAGAUAAAGAUCUUGAUUUUGCAAAAAGAUACUUUUUAAAAUUUUAUACACAUUCAUACCCAUUACUGCAAAAAUGUCUAAAAUGGUCAAAAAUAAGCAAUGCUGCAGGCUGACAAAAGUAUUUGUAGUAAUCAUGUGUAACAACAUCAGUGUGUUGGAAAGUUUUGAACUAUAUUAUAAGAUGCAUUAUAUUUACCAAACACUUCACACCUUACAGAUGAACCACGCCACCUACCUUUUACAUGGAGUUUAAGUUACUUUCUACACACAGCUAGCCGCUCAUUGAUCUAAAGCUAAGUUCUGUCGGGCACAAGCCAGCCAAAUGAAGUGCUUACCAGAUGAAGAACCAAUACUAUGUCUUGUAAAAGAUGACGUCCUUUCCUGAAAGAUGAUGUUUGUACAGCCUUUUUGAAGACCAUUAGUAAAUGGAUGCUAAUAAAAAUUCACAGAUUCGUCUGAAGAUGCUGAAUAUCUGAAAUCCGUGAAAAGAAAGUAGCUUGUUUUUAUACACACCUGUAAAGUGCCUAAGUACAGAUGCUUCUGCUGGAGUAGCCAUUUCAGAAAGCUGGAACAAGUGGGAUGAGAGAAAUAAAGACUUUGUGGAUCUGUU